UCUUCCACUUCUCGUACUUUUAAUCUUCAUUCUCACGCCUCUUUAGUCUUUAGGAUUGUUUAAUCAAAACCCACUAAUAAACUUUCAAUGUUAAUGUCUACUAUACUAGGUCUCCUAGUUUUAAGAAGUGGUUCUUUCUAGAUCCAAUUUGUAAUUUCAGUGUUUGACAUCUGUAAUAUCAUAUCGUGAUUUAGUUAUUGCAUAAAGAUUAUGGUACAUUAGUAAACUUGAGGAAUAAGGUUCAAGUUUUUGUCUCUUGGUUUGAAUUUUAGUACUCUGGAAAAAGGGAAGGGAAAUGAUGCCCGGAAAUGCUUUAUUAAUAUGAUUAAGAAGUUGGGUUUUAGAAAUUUGCCCCGGGGCAGUCCGGUUGGCAAAGGCUCUUGGUCAUGGCCUUCCUCUUUAUUCCCCAUCAUUCUAUUGUACCUAGUACAAUUCCUUUUCUACCCCUCCUAUGAUAAGUCUUCACAAUGGGAGGCCUAACAUCAUGCAGGUCUCAAGUUACCAAAAGUCCUUAAUGUCUCAUGGGUCUGGGCCUUGGGAUAGGGACGGAUGCCCCUGGGCAUAAGGGAGCAGAGCUCCGACUCCAAGUUAUAAAGAAAAAAGGUUGGGUCGGAUUUUACGCUUCGUUCAAGUUGUUCAUGAGGAAGGACUUGUUCCAAUAAUUUGACCGUGUUCAUCCAAAUUCAACUUGAAUCUUUAGAAUAAUGUGCUUCUCUGAUAUGGGGAUAUGUGACGAACUGGCUAAGAUAGCAAAGAGAAUACAUGGUUUAGAUGUUGAUCCUCUUACUGAUAUUGUUAUUUGUUGUGGCCAAACUGAGGCAUUUGCUGCUGCUGUAUUUUCCGUGAUAAACCCUGGUGACGAAGUUGUAAUUUUCAAUCCAUCUUUUGACACAUACGGAAAUGUUGUAUCCAUUGCUGGAGGAGUUCCAGUAUAUGUGACUCUUGACCCUCCUAAUUGGAAUCUGGACCCAAAUAAACUUUUGAAGUCGUUUACGAGUAGAACAAAAGCUAUAGUAUUGAACAGCCCUCACAAUCCAACUGGAAAAGUUUUCUCCAAGGAUGAACUUGAUGCAAUUGCGGGAGCAUGCUGCACGAAUGAUUGCCUAGUCAUAACAGAUGAAGUAUAUGAAUAUAUAACGUUUGGUGAUGCAAAGCAUAUAUCUCUCGCCUCGCUGCCAGGAAUGCAAGGGAGGACUAUCAUCACGUCGUCGCUGUCUAAAACAUUUUCAGUUACAGGAUGGAGGAUUGGUUGGGCAAUUGCUCCUGCUUUUAUUGCCUCUGCAAUGAGAAACAUUCAUGUUAGAGUUACAGACUCUGCUCCAGCCCCUUUCCAGGAAGCUGCCUUGAUUGCAUUGCAAAGUCCCCCGGAAUUUUUCGAGUCAUUAAGACGAGACUACGAGUCGAAAAGAGAUUACGUCGCUAAGUUGCUCAUGAAUCUCGGAUUUCGAAUCCCGUAUGAGCCUCAAGGCUCUUUGUUUUUAUUUGCAGAACUCCCCAAAAGUUGCACACUUACUGAUGUAGAGUGUGUUGAGGAACUGGUGAGACGAGCCGGGGUGGUGGCGGUGCCGGGAUGCGGGUUUUUUCAUACGGAUUCAUCGAAAGAAAAGCACGACGAAGAAGCCUGUAGGUUUCAAAAGAGAUAUAUCAGGUUUGCUUUCUGCAAAAGCAAUGAAACUCUGAGUGCUGCUGCACAAAAACUCAAAGAAACAGAUUUUGAGUUUCUGAAGCAUCUCUGAUUCUACUUAGAAAGGCCGCUGUUAGAACUUUUCAUGCAAUUAGGCCUUUUAAAGAUUUUAAUUAUUAUUACUUUUUUUAUAUAUAUAUAAAACAUUAUUAUUGAGAUAAAAGUAAAGAUGUGUGUUUGUUGGACUAGGAAGAUGGAAACAUAUGCCGACAUUAAAAAUAAAAAUGUUCUAAAUAUUAUGUUGGUUUCCCAACCCUUGAAGUCUA